AUUGUUGCCAUAUCUGACAUAGGGGAAAGGAUACCGCAGCGACAACCGAGAUCACAGCUUUCCCAUCGAUCAGAGCUAUAAGACGAGGUGUUGGACGAGAAGAACGCCAUCAAGAAACGUUGAACGGAUCACUGCUUGAUCGUCGAAUCCCUGCAUCUAUCUGCCAGUCUCAACAAUAAUUAUUAUUGCCCAACAUGGACAUGUCAGGAAUGGACGAUAUGUCGUCCACAAGCUCAAACUCCACCAUGACCAUGAAGAUGUACUUUCACGGUACCCUAGGAACUGACAUGCUUUGGUUCGCCUCGUGGAUGCCUUCUUCCGCUGGAGCUACGGUCGGCGUCUGUAUCGCGCUAUUCAUGAUGGCUAUCUUUGAGCGGUAUCUGAUUGCGUUCAGGCGGGCUUGUGAUGUCUCUUGGCGAAAAGGUCAAAUUGGCUACGCCCGUCCAACCGCUUCAGGACCCCUCCCCACAUCGACCACCGCCACAACCACCUCCACCCUAUCCCCUUCCACCCUCUCCCAGCGCCACAGCUCCAACCCUUCCAUCCAAAAGACCGCCUACAACGCCGUCUCCGCCCAAGACUAUCCCGUCAACCAGGACCAGGAUCCCGACGCCGAGCCGGUCACGCCCUACACUGCCGGUACCCAGCCCAGCUCGGGGUCUUCUGCGCCUUCGUAUUCUUUGGCUCAGAUGCAAGGCACAGGGAGGAAGGAGGAGAAGGGGACGGUGGAGAAGAAGAAGAAGGAGGAGGAGGGGUACGCGCAUUUGCCGAAAGCUGUGCGAAGGGGCCUUGAUCCCGGACGAGAGGAUCGGUGGUCUCGCCCCUUCCGAUGGGGUGUCGAUCUUCCGAGGGGUCUACUGCAGGCUUUACAAACGACCAUCCACUAUCUCUUGAUGUACGUUCUUCCUCCUCUUCCUUCUCCUCCUGACAGUGGAAUAGUGUGGAGACGGAGCUGAUGGGGGCAUAGGUUGGUGGUGAUGACGUUCAAUAUUUGGUGGUGUGUUGCUGUGAUCGUGGGGAGUGGGGUAGGGGAGAUGUUGUUUGGAAGAAUGGGGGCGAGUCAGGGUGGUCAUUGAUUGUUGAGAUUUCUUGUAGUACUGUGCAUCAUCUGUUUCGUUAGAAUCGAAGGGUCUCUCAGCGCACGGCAUGUAUCUCCCGAUAGAGGCUUUGAAUC